UUUUAUAACAAUCGUCAUGAUACAAGUAACACUGUUGUGAUGGUCGCGUUUUGUGUAUAUUUUAUCGACGGCAAAUCCAUUUCCACGGUAAGAAGAUUUUAAAUAACUGCCCACGUCCAAGCUUUUUGAGCUUAACAAGUGUGUUUUGGUGCACGUAAAGUCGUUUGUGCGCCUGUCCGUUGAAGGUGGUGGUUGGGUGGAAACGGCAGGAGCGUAUCAUUCAUUUUAUCGAGCGCGCCCACCACCCGUCGACCAUCUUUGUCAGUGUACGGUUUUCUGAUACAAUACAGUAGUCCGGUGGUGGUUUCCUCGGAAAAACCAUAAGCACCUCUAUCCAUUGUGCACGCGUUCGUCAAUUCGUCCGCCAUGCCUGCCACGGGAUUCGUGAGCCAAGACCCUGUUGUCGAAAAAACCGAGUACAUCGUGUUUCCAAGUUAUGGAACGAUUGAAAUGUUGUAUGGUGGGUGUGUGGUUUUGGUCCUGGGGGUUUUAAUUAUCGCUUGUUAUAUUUAUUCUAAGAAAAAAUGUUUAUGGUUUAAAAGUAAAAGUAAACUUCCAACUGCUGCAUCAGAACCACAUUUGGCAUUUUAUCACCGAAAGCCAACCACAGCCGUAAAAUCCGUAAAAAAUCCAGCUGGAUCACAUUAUUUGAAAAAAAGUCCUAGUCCAACAGGCAACAAAACACCUGUUGGUGAUGGAAGUAUUAGUCCUACAGGAUCAGAAAAAAUGACAAAACAUUCACCAACUAUAAGUCCUACUUGUGAACAAAAAACCGUGCAACCGCCAUCACAUACGCUGUCCGUUGUGCAUGAGAAUGAAACAGAUAAUAAGUUAUCAACGAAAAAUAAUCAACCAACAACAGAAACUGGUCAAAAUGAUUCAUCUGGUAAAAUGGGCGUACUUUUUUUUAAACUUCGGUACAAAAAAGACAAAAAAGUUCUUUUGGUUAAUAUAAAUAAAUGUAUGGACUUGAUGCCAAAGGAUAAAAAUUCUGGCACUAGUGAUCCGUAUGUUAAACUACAGUUAUUACCAGAUAAAGAACACAAAGUAAAAACUCGAGUUUUGAGAAAGACAAGAAACCCGGUGUACGACGAAGACUUUACAUUUUUUGGAAUACAAUCUAAUAAACUUCAAUCUAUGACUUUACAUUUUGCCAUACUGAGUUUCGACCGUUACUCUAGAGAUAGCUUAAUCGGGGAAGUUUUCUUUACUUUGAACGAAAAGGAGAUAUUGGAAUCUAUUGAAAAAGAACAAAUCUCCAUUCAAAAGGACAUCGUACUUCGAAGUAUUAAACAAUCCCAAAUUGCCAAUCGCGGAGAAUUAUUGGUGUCUUUGUGUUGGCAACCAGCAACAAGACGGGUUACUGUAGUUGUGUUAAAAGCUAGAAACUUACCUAAAAUGGACUUAACUGGAUUGGCUGAUCCAUUUGUGAAGAUAAAUUUCUUAGUGGAUGGAACACGUAUAUCAAAAAAGAGGACACACAUGAAGAAACGUACAUUAAAUCCUGUUUAUAACGAGUCAUUUGUGUUUGAUUUGCCUGCGACAGUUGUUGAUUUACAUAAUGUGUGCAUUGAGUUUUGUGUUUUUGAUCACGAUAGAGUCACUAAAAAUGAAAUUAUUGGAAGAGUUUUGAUGGGACAUCCAGACAACCCAUCUAUAACUGCCGAACGCCACUGGAAAGAAGUAAUGAAUGCACCACGAAGGCAAAUAGCUGAUUGGCACAAAUUAGUUGUUUGAACUAACUAGGAACAACGAUAUGGCAACAAAAAUAAAUAAUGCUAUCUAUACUCUUCCUAUACUAUUGGUUUUAAUUUAUAUUUUGUACCAAAAUUUACCUCUUAAAUGGAUACAAUCUAUCAUAGUUAUUUUUUAAACAUACUAUGUAUACCAUUAGGUGCAUUGUCCUAAAGUAUAAUUGACAUUAUAAACCAUCACAUGUCCAUUUUUUAUAUUUUAUUGUAUUAUGCACCUGUACAACUUGUGAAAUGACCCGACAUGUGAAGUAUAUUAUUUGAUUAAACUUGCAUUACUGACUCUCUGUAUCAAAAUUAUUAAAUUAAUGACAAAUUAUAAACAGGGUGUGAAAUGAAAAUAUGAUAAUAUGAAUAAAAUAUUAACGAAGUUGGCAAGGUAAAUGUUGAGUUGACAUUUGUCUAACCUAUUAUUAUUUUUUUUAUUUAUUUUUUUAUAUAUUGCCUUUAUCCUGAAAACAUUAUAGCUAAUAUUUUUUCCUUUUUUCCUUCAAUCAAUUAAAAAUUGCAUGUUAGAAAAUGCAUGCUAUUCAAUUUGGAAUCAAUAGAAAAUAGUCUGUGCAUGAGUUGAUAGCAUUUAAUGUUAUUUUUAAGGAUAGGUACUAUAUA